CAAGAUUGCAGUUAACCAAAACAGCAAAAAUUAAGAAAAACUUUUAGAAUGUCCACGCUUGAAAACGAGGUGACAUUCCGCCAGCGCACCCAACUCAAUCAAAAUCUGGAGUCACAGUUUAGCAGCAGCUCCACGGAUUUCAUUUUGCUCACAGAUCAUCGCUCUUCAAAGUUCAAAAGUCUCGAGCAGUUGGAAGCUGCAAAAGGCGACUCGAACGAAUCCUGUUGCAGUCGUCACUGCGGCAACAUCUGUCGCAUGAAGACCCUGAAGAAACGUCUGCCCAUUCUCAGCUGGUUGCCCAAAUAUAGCCGCAGCGAUGCCUUUGGCGAUCUGAUUGCUGGCCUGACAGUGGGCCUUACGGUCAUUCCCCAAGGCCUAGCCUACUCGGGUGUCGUUAAUUUGCCACCUCAGUACGGCUUGUAUGGCUCGUUCAUGGGCUGCUUUAUGUACGUGCUGCUGGGCACCUGCAAGGACUGUACCAUUGGCAGCACAGCUGUCGCCUCGCUGAUGACGUACCAGUUCGCCAAGGGCUCGUGGCAGCGCUCGGUGCUGCUGACCUUUCUCACGGGCUGCAUUGAGCUGCUGAUGGCGCUCUUUAAGCUGGGCUCCCUGGUGGAGUUUGUGUCGGGUCCGGUGAGUGCGGGCUUCACCAGCGCCGUGGCGCUAAUCGUAUGCACCUCGCAAAUGAAGUACAUUCUGGGCGUGAACAGCGAUGGAGUUUCGUUUCUGCAGCGCUGGAUUAGCAUGAUACAGAACAUUGGCGAUAUACGCUUAGCCGAUAGCUGCUUAGGUGUUGGCUGCGUCGUCAUACUCCUGAUCAUGCGCAGCCUGGGCAGGAUGACCAUUGGACCGAAGGACCAAAAGCAGCGUAGUCGCUGCCAGCGCAUUGUUAACCAUCUCAUUCGCUUUGUGGGCAUCUCGAGGAAUGCAACUGUGGUGCUGGUCACCACGGUGAUAGCCAUGCAGCUGGAAAUGUCUGGCAGGAAUCCCUUUCAGUUGACGGGCUAUAUACCGCCUGGGAUGCCAACUCUGGCAUUGCCACCCUUCUCAAUUGAGCCACAGCCUGGCAACGCCACAGCCGGUAUUCCACCUGUAGCGGGUGAAACUUUCCUCGAGAUGGUGCAGGGCUUGGGUUAUGGCUUGAUUAUAGUGCCGCUGAUAGCUCUGCUCGAGAAUGCAUCGGUGUGUAAGGCCUUUGCCAAGGGCAAACCCAUCGACAUGACCCAGGAGAUAUUCGCCACGGGCAUGGCCAACAUAGCCAAUUCCCUCUUCUCCGGCUAUCGCAGCAACAGCGGCCUGGCCCGCUCGGCCAUCAACAAUGCCAGCGGCUGUCGCACCAGCAUGUCCAAUUUCUAUAUUGGUCUUGUCGUAGUGCUCGCUCUCAGCUUUCUCACCGAAUACUUUAGCUUUAUACCGCGAGCUGUGCUGGCGGCCAUACUUAUAUCGGCGGUCAUAUUCCAAGUACAAUACCAGAUCGUAAUACCCAUGUGGCGCAGUAAACGCUCCGAUCUGUUGCCCGGUAUUUUUGCCUUUAUCACGUGCCUGGUGCUGCCCUUGGAGAUUGGCAUUCUGGUGGCCAUUGCAGCCAAUCAGCUCUUCAUACUUUAUCACUCGGCACGGCCCAAGGUCCUGGUAGAGCAGCUGGAAACGGAGCAUGGCGUUCAGUUUCUCAAAAUCACGCCCGAUCGCUGCCUGAUCUUUCCCUCGGUUGAGUUCGUGCGCAAUAUGGUCAUCAAGUCGGGCAGCCGCAGCUCACUGCCCAUCGUCAUCGACUGCACAUAUAUCUAUGCAGCCGACUUUACCGCCGCCAAAGUCAUCUCCUCAAUGGUCGCCGACUUCCGCUCCAGACAGCAGAAGAUUAUAUUCUUCAAUCUGAAGCCCAGUGUGGCCAGCAUAUUCGAGGGAUUGAAUACCCGACUGGUGCUCUGCUACAACACAUAUGCACUCAGCCAGGAACUGAGACCAGAUGAGGCUAUGUCCCCUUCAUUGGACUCGCUGGACCAAAGCCAACGCACCGAUUGCGUAAGCGUGGCCAGCACGCUCUCUUUGGCCAAGAGCUAAGCUAACAAAUUGGCU